CGGGUUGAUGACGCUUUCGAACCGUCAGCAUGAGCACGAUGAGGCGCACGUUUCUGAUUUGAUCCAGUGUGCUCUCUUUAAAAACCUGAGCCGUAUUAUUGUUGUUAUUGAUAGACACGCGUUUAUACACACGCUAAGCCUUGUUAGCACUUUUUUUAAGCUCUGCUUAGUUAUCGGACCUCAACAGAACCUAAAGUUUGGUCCAGUAGAAUCCUGCGAUGAGGAUCAUGAAGAGACCAAACAUCCUCCUCACAGGAACCCCGGGCGUAGGGAAGACGACACUUGGGAAGGAACUGGCUCAGAGGACCGGACUGACGUACAUCAAUGUUGGAGAUCUGGCAAAGGAAGGUCAGCUGUUUGAUGGUUUUGAUGAGGAAUACCAGUGCCCCAUUCUAGAUGAAGACAGGGUUGUGGAUGAACUGGAGGACCAGAUGAUGGAUGGAGGCAUGAUUGUAGACUACCACGGCUGUGACUUCUUCCCAGAGCGCUGGUUUCACAUUGUGUUUGUCCUUCGCACAGAUAACACCAACCUCUAUAAUAGACUCGAGAGCAGGGGCUACACAGGCAAGAAGCUUCAGGACAACGUUCAGUGUGAGAUCUUCCAGACCAUCUAUGAGGAGGCCAUGGAGGCAUAUAAAGAGGAAAUUGUGCACCAGCUGCCCAGCAACAAUCCUGAUGACCUGGAGAGGAAUCUGGAGCAGAUCUCACAAUGGAUCGAGCAGUGGAUGAAAGACAAUAACUAACACACACACACACACACACACACUCCUCAUCACACACAUUGCUGUGACAUGCACUAGUAAAGAAAUAUUCCAGAAGCUUGGUGUGUUUCUCAGAGCUCUGAUACACCCAAAACCAACUAAAGGCAUCAUGCAAGAGGACGACUGCUGAGACGAAUCGAAGUGAACAUCUUGCCAGGGAAAAAAAAAGGCUUUUCAAAGUAGAUAUAAGAGUUCAGUCUUGGGGAAAAAUAAAAUCAUAAAAAUACAUAGAAACUGCUGGUCUUCCCUCACGAAAUACAUAACUAUGCUAACAGAGUGUGUGUACUCACUGUAACCAGAAAUAUAAUACAUCUAUUUUACACAUUUAUCUACAAAAUAAAUCACUUCUAAGGAAAACAAA